AUGGUUGACGCCGCCUACCGCAUUCCUGGGAAAAACGAAUACUAUAUCUUCGCCGGCCGCAAUUAUGGCCGUGUCAGAUUUACCUCAAACAGCCAUGAGAAUUCUCUUGUUGCUGGUCCAACCCUAAUUCGCAAGGGCUGGAAUACGAUGAGCAAGGUCGACUUUGGCAGAGUGGACACUGUUGUCCCUGUCCCUGGCACUGAAAACCAGCUGUACGUUUUCUUCGGGGGCCGCUAUAUCAAAAUAAAGCUCGAUAAUUACGAUGACAGCUUCGUCACUGAUGGAGUCCAUCAUAUUGAAUCUGGAUGGAAGUCUCUCGUCCAAGCUGGCUUCGAUACCGUCGAUGCAGCAGUGUUGGUACCGGGGACCAAAAACGAAAUCUACUUCUUCCGAGGCUUGAACUAUGUUCGCGUGGACAAUGCUACCGAUAAGAUGGCCCGCACAGUUACACCAAUCAAAGAUGGCUGGCCAAGCAUUGCAAAGGCUGGAUUUGACACUGUUGAUGCAAUUGUCCCGAGUUUGAAUCACGAAGGUCACUUCUAUGUAUUCAGUGGUGAUCAGUAUGCGGUGAUCGCGUUGGAUCAUAAUAAGGAAGAUACCCUGGUCGCAGCCUCGAAGUUAAUAAGCGAUGGAUGGAAGUCAAUGGACAAAUGGGUUUAG